AUGUCACCUGAAGCAUUCAACAAUCUUGCCAUCCGACUCCAGCAAACAGAGGCUUUCUGGUGGAACUACAGCAGCUCAGGUGUGAUGUCUCUCAACAAAGUGCAAGAGAUUCUUUUGGUGGCUCUGUACAGACUUGGCCAUUCUGGAAAUGGAGGUGGUGAAUGUGAUGCUGCUUUGCAAUGUGGCUGCAGUGUUGGGAGCAUUGUUGGAUACACCAAUCACACAGUUGCUGGCCUCCUCAAGCUAAACAAUGAGGUCAUGCAGUUUGCUUUGGAGGGAGAGAGACAACAUGCUUCUGCCUGGGUGUGCGAUACAACUGGGGUUGAAGAGUGGGGUAAGGGCUGGCUUGUGGUGGAUGGCAUGCACAUCCCUCUUGCCUGGAAGCCAGGAGUGCUCAGUCAAGAGCACUUCUGCUACAAAGGCUUCCACAGCAUCAAUGUAGUGCUGGUGAUCCUGCCACACUCACUGCAGAUUGUCAAAUCAGUUGUUGGACAGCCUGGCAGCAUUCAGGAUUCAAAGGUUUGGGCCUCAGGCAGCAACAUCCUCAAGAAGCCUCACCUGUACCUUGAUGAAGUCCAAGUACAAGUCAAACAUGCCAUUGCAUACCUGAAGAACUGCUUCCAGUGCCUUACAGGCUAUUGUGGUAACAUCUACCAUUUCAAGGACCACAUCACUGCUGCCAAGAUGAUCCAAGCCUGCAUUGUUGCCCACACCUUUGCAAGUUGA